UCGCCUUUGCGCAGGACUCAGUCCUCUGCUCUCUGUCUCCAAGCUCGUGUGUGAAGGCAGAGCGGAAAAAUGAACUCUGGUGUGAAAUGGUUGCUUAUCCUCUUCGCCCUCGUUUCCAUCAUUCUUAACAUCAUCCUGAUUGGCAUUUACUCCAACAGGGCGCCCAAAUGUUCCGCACAGCGCCUGCACCCACUGCGAGGCAAGCACGAAGAGCGCAGCCUCAUGUUCGCGGACCUCACUCAGGAGGAGUACGCGCAGGUCCAGCGGUACAUGCUCCAGCAGAAGGACCUGGACAUCUCCACCAACCGGAUCACUGAGCCGAGGGCAAACUUCUUGUUCUUAAUCGACCUCUCUCUGCCCAAAAAAGCGGACGCGCUGGCUUAUUUGGACGGUAAAGGUGCUCAGCCGGUGAGGGAGGCGACGGUGGUGGUCUUCCACGGCGCACGGGGCUUCAUCAAGGAGUACCUGGUGUGGCCUCUUCCCAACCCGAAACACCACCGAGAUGUGACCACUGAGAGGUACAAGAGGGAGCUGCCCAUCAAUGCGCGCACGGUCACCGUCGGAGAAUAUGUCCUGCUUUUCCAAUUUUUUGAGAAAAACUUGUUCUCCAAACUCAAGAAGCUCAUGAAAGAGAGUUUCGACGUUGGUCAGGGCAAGACGCUGAACGCACUCGAGCAGAUGCCGCGCGGACUCCGAUCUGGAGACAGAAAGACGUGGAUCAACUUCCUGAAGGACGUGAGCGGCAUGUACGUCAACCCGGUGGGUUUGAACGUGCUCAUCAACCACGAGAGCGUUAAUGCAUCGAACUGGAAAGUCGAGCGGUUGUUUUAUAACGGCCAAUACUUUGACAGUGUGGAAGAGCUGAAGCGGAAAUAUGACGCUGGGACUAUAAAGAAAAUUAUCUACAAGGACUCUCCAAACCACGCCUCCCUGAAAACCAGGACCAAGCCGCUGCAAAUUGGUCCGCAGCUCUUUUACGCAGAGGGGAAGCGCUUCAGCGUCAGCCACAACCACGUCCUCUACCUGGACUGGAGCUUCGCUUUCGGGCUCAGCUCUCUCACGGGCAUGAGGGUGUUUGAUGUGCGCUUCAGUGGAGAGAGAAUAGCGUACGAGCUGAGCGUGCAGGAGGCCAUAUCUGUCUAUGGCUCCGUGACACCAGGGAUGAUCCUCACCAAGUUUGUAGAUUCCAGCAUCGGAAUAGGACGCUUUGCGCACGAGCUGGUUCGUGGCGUGGAUUGCCCCUCGGAAGCCACGUAUGUGGACACAUAUCGCUACAUAGAUGUCCCAGUCCCGGUCAGAUUUAGGAACUCCAUCUGCGUCUUUGAGCACAACAUGGGUCAGCCCCUGCGGAGACACUUCUCGGAUUUUUCGCACCACAGUUUUGGAGGAAUGGUUAACAGCGCGCUGGUGAUGAGAACCAUCACAGCCAUAGGAAACUAUGACUACAUGUGGGACUUUGUCUUCUACCAGAAUGGAGCAGUGGAGGUCAAGGUGCAUGCGACCGGCUACGUCUCCUCGUCUUAUCUGGUGGACGGCAGUCUGAGAUACGGACACCAGGUAGCAGAGAAUGUCCAGGGGAACAUCCACACACAUUUCAUCAACUUCAAAGUGGACCUGGAUAUCUCGGGUAAGUGGCAAAACGCAGGGGAGGCACAAGAUGAAAGCCUGUUGUUAAAGGUGAUCUGUGUGAAAUCUACACAUCACUGACCUUUAGAAUUUUAA